UGCGCAGUGAAGCCCGCGCAGGGCGCCCCAGCUGUCUGCACCCUAAAUUCAGACCCUCCAGCAUCUUCUUGGUCAGGCGAAGCCCACGACGUUGACAUGCCGGAGAUCCGCCUCCGCCAUGUGGUAUCCUGCAGUAGCCAGGACUCGACCUACCGUGCAGAAAACCUUCUCAAGGCAGACACUUACCGGAAAUGGCGGGCAGCCCGGGCGGGCGAGAAGACCAUCUCUGUGGUGCUCCAGUUAGAGAAGGAGGAGCAGAUACACAGCGUGGACAUCGGGAAUGACGGCUCAGCCUUCGUGGAGGUGCUGGCGGGCAGCUCAGCUGGAGGCGCCGGGGAGCAGGACUAUGAGGUCCUUCUGGUCACCUCGUCUUUCAUGUCCCCUUCCGAGAGUCGCAGUGGCUCAAAUUCCAACCGCGUUCGCAUUUUUGGGCCCGACAAGUUGGUCCGGGCAGCAGCAGAGAAGCGCUGGGACCGUGUCAAAAUUGUCUGCAGCCAGCCCUACAGCAAGGAUGCGCCCUAUGGCCUGAGUUUUGUAAGGUUUCACAGCCCCCCAGACAAAGAGGAGGCCGAGGCCUCAUCCCAGAAAGUGACCAAGCUCGGCCAGUUCCGCGUGAAGGAGGAGGAUGAGAGCGCCAGCUCCCUGAGACCCGGGGCUCUCUUCUUCAGCCGGAUCAACAAGACCCCCGCAGUCGCAGCCAGUGACCCAGCAGGACCCAGCUAUGCAGCUGCUACACUGCAGGCCUCCAGUGCCGCCUCCUCCGUCUCUCCGGCCUCCAAGACAGUAGGCAGCACCUCCAAGGUGAGAUCAUCGCACCCUGGUGGGGUGGAGAGGGAGGAGGUGAGCUGGAGGCCUCAGCCCAUCCCACCCCCUCAUCCUCAGGAGUCCCCCAGAGGCAAGAGGAAGCUGGAUUUGAGCCACGAAGAAAAGAAGACCCCCAGCAAACCGUCCGCCCAGCCCUCACCACCCGCCCUCAAGAGACCCAAAUUGCCAGCUCCCACCCCUACCCCAGCCCCUGCCCCUGUCCCUGCUGCAGCACGGGGGGUGGCGCCAGGGAGGCCCCGAGGAGAAGGCGCUGAGCCCAGGGCCCCCCGCACCGGCCCGCAGGAGCUGGGGAAGAUCCUCCAGGGUGUGGUGGUGGUGCUGAGCGGCUUCCAGAACCCCUUCCGCUCGGAGCUCCGGGACAAGGCCCUGGAGCUGGGGGCCAAGUAUCGGCCAGACUGGACUCCAGACAGCACCCACCUCAUCUGCGCCUUUGCCAACACCCCCAAGUACAGCCAGGUCCUAGGCCUCGGAGGCCGAAUCGUGCGGAAAGAGUGGGUGCUGGACUGUCACCGCAUGCGGCGGCGGCUGCCCUCUCGGAGGUACCUCAUGGCUGGGCCAGACUCGAGCAGUGAGGACGAGGGGGGCUCUCACAGCGGCAGCAGUGGGGAUGAAGCCCCCAAGCCUCCCCGAAAGCGCCCCCAGACCAAAGCCAAGCCCUCUCAGGCAGCAGGACCUAGCUCACCCCAGAGACCCCCAACCCCAGAAGAGACCAAACCACCCUCACCAGGGCCCCAGGAAGAUACUGACACCAAGGGGGAGCAGUCAGAAGGACAGGACAAUGGGGCAGAAGAUUCUGGGGACACCGAGGAUGAGCUGAGAAGGGUGGCUGAGCGGAAGGAACAAAGGCCGCCCUCUGGCGAGGAGAACGGCAAGGACCCGUACGCAGGAUCCACGGAUGAGAACACGGACAAUGAAGGUCCUCCAGAGUCUCCCAAUCUGCCGAUUCCCGAGCUCCCAGACUUUUUCCAGGGCAAACACUUCUUCCUGUACGGGGAGUUCCCGGGGGACGAGCGGCGGACGCUCAGCCGUUACGUCACGGCCUUCAACGGGGAGCUCGAGGACUAUAUGAGCGACCGGGUACAGUUUGUGAUCACGGCACAGGAGUGGGACCCCAGCUUCGAGGAGGCCUUGAUGGACAACCCCUCCUUGGUGUUCGUCCGUCCCCGGUGGAUCUACAGUUGCAACGAGAAGCAGAAGUUACUUCCCCACCAGCUCUAUGGGGUGGUGCCCCAGGCGUGAAGUAUGUGCUCACACACACAUGAGUUUAAUAAAAGGGGACUUGGUUUGGAGCGGCUGCCCCUCUCACCCGUGUCUCCCAGAACCCACAACAGGUUCCCAGCGUUCUG